AGUAAUCCGAUAGGCAAUUCUUCGAAUCAUGACUUUCCGAGUCUAGAUGAAGAUGAAAUAGCAAAAAUUAAAGAUGAAGAGUCACAGAAGUUGGCUAAAAAAUGGCUCAAAAAUUAUACUAAGAACUUACGUGAUGCACCGAAAAAAGAUGAAACUAUUAUCUCCCAUUUAUGGAAAAAUGCUACUGCUAAUGCUGAAAAAAUAUGUUCUGGUAUUAGCAAAGCUGGCAUAAUCAGGUCUUCAGGCGCAUCUACUAGAUAUAAUGAUUAUCUUAAUGCGUUAGAUAAAAUUGCGGGCUCUAUUCGUUUAAAAUUAUCAGAUCUACUUUCAGAAUUAUCUAAGCUCAAUCUGGAAUAUAGAAAUGGGUUAUAUAAAUUAGUUACACAGGAACAAAAAUGCAAGACCGGUAUUACGAUUUUAGAAGAAUAUAUAUUUCGAUAUAAUUUGGAAUCAGAAUGUGAAGCAUUAAUAGAGUUCCGGAAUAUAUGGUAUAAAGUAACUGGUCUUGAGAUUGUUCGUUUUCAAGCAUUAUCGAUUAUACAGAACAAAAAAAAAGAUAACUCAUCUGAAGCGGAAAUUGAUGAGAUUAUCGACCUAUAUUGUUAG